CAUUAAUUAGCUGGCUGAUCUAUCGAUCUAGCUAUCUAGGACUAAUUUAACGUUACGUAGAUGUCCAUCAUUUUCUUAUUCGUUUUUUGUGUUUGUUUGACGGAGACGUUGGAAGUAAGGUUCACUGUCCUCUCUGUAAACUGUUUGAUAAACGGGGGCCUGUACUGUGCGGUCAAGUGAUCCCCAGGCUCAAGCUGACAAAGUAUUCGAAAAACGGGCUUGUGCUCCGCCUGCAAGGAGAGACAUGUGUCAUGGUUGAUUAACCACGGCUAGCGAUCUAGCUAGCUACGUUUGACUAGUGCAAGCAGCACCAGCGCAAAGACAUUGUCUAGCUACGUAACGUUCAAUUAUAUAUAGCUAUUUGGUUAGCUGGGUAAUCCUGGAUCGCUAGCUGACCAUACUGCCAAAUGAGACCAGUUUGCAUAGUCUUUUUGCUACUUGCAGAAGCUAGCUAGCUAUCUAUCUUACAAGUAGCAAAUAUGCAAACUGCUAGCUAGAACAAAACGUUUGUAAGCUGACUAGCUAGCUAACGUUGGAUAAAUUGCUUGAUCGCGAUGUUAACUAGUUUGUUAAAUCAUUAUUAUAUUUGUAAAUAAGUAAGCUUGCUAGGGUAAUAUUGUCAAAUAACGUUUUGGAACACGAUACAUUUGGCCUUUGUCCUUGCACUCUCGGCUGCUCCCCCGCUUAAAAGAAAACCAAUGGAGGAAAUGGAGGUAGACGUGUUGCUGGGGGGCACAGAGACCGUGGGAGAGAAUGGUGCCCAGCUGGCCAUCCAAAUCUCAGACUCUGGGAGCAGCACUGACGUGGAGGAGAAUGAGGGUGCAGAGGUGGAGGCCCCUGACCCCCCACGGCUCUUGAUGAGUGCCUGGGCCUUCAGCCAGGGGAUGGAACCUGUGCGGAGGACUGCACCAGCUCCCACUCCGCCUCGGGUCGUCCGAAGACGGGCUGGGAGGUCCGGUCCUCGUCUUCGCCCCUCUACCCAGCCCACCCUCUCCCACACCCGGCCGCUGGACUUCCUGCUUCGGGUGCCUGCAGCCGUGGCUGCGGAGCCUGGCCUCGGAAACGCCCUGGUGGUGAGCGAGUCUGAGGACGAGGACGAAGCUUCGGCCCCGGGGAGCCCUCUUCUCCCUGCUUCCCCAGCCGAUACCGGCCCCGGCGGUCCAGCAGCCCUUAUGCCGCUCCAGGACCCUGCUGCUGCUGCUGCUGCUGCAGAUCACUUUGUUGCUGUGGAGACGGAGAGGACAGGACCCACAGCUCCACAACAGCCUGAGCUUGCUCUGGCUCCGGCUGCCCAGAACGUUGCCCCCGCUGGCGUGGACCAGGGGGAGGACGGCGAGGGGGAGACCUGCUCCAUCUGCUUCGAGUCCUGGACCACGGCCGGGGAGCACCGGCUGGCCACCCUGCGCUGUGGCCACCUCUUCGGCUUCAAAUGCAUCGACCGCUGGCUGCGGGGGGCGGGGUCGCAGUGUCCGCAGUGCAACAAGAAGGCCAAGCGGUCGGACAUCGUGCGGCUGUACGCGCGCAAGCUCCGGGCGCUGGACAACAGCGAGCAGGAGGGCAUCAAGAGGAUGCUGCAGCAGGAGCAGGAGCUGCGGCGGAAGGCCGAGUCGGAGUCGGCGCAGUGCCGGCUGCAGCUGCAGGUGAUGACCCACGAGUGCGGGAAACUGCGCAAGCAGAUACAGGAGCUGAAGACUCUGAUGGCCCAGCCGGGCUGUGGCCCCUCCCAGCCCUCGGGGGCCGCCCCCAUGGGGCUGUCCCAGAGGCAGGACUCCGCCCAGGGGGGCCAGUACGCGUUUGCCAAGGCGGUGCUGGUGUCCCAGACGGGCGGGUGCCGGGUGCUGGCCUACUGCGAGCCUCUCUGCUGCCUGCUGGCCUCCCAGCCCUCCCCGCAGGCCACCCUUGUGCCCGGUUACGGGGUGAAGAAGAUCAGCGCGGUCAGUCUGAAAGCCUGUCAGUACGUGCCCAUCCACGCCAAGCAGAUCCGCGGCCUGGCCUUCAGCAAGCAGCCCGACAGCCUCCUGCUCUCCGCCGCGCUGGACAACACCCUCAAGCUGACCAGCUUGCUGACCAACACGGUGGUGCAGACGUACAACACCGGCAGGCCCGUGUGGAGCUGCUGCUGGUGCCUGGACAACAGCAACUACGUCUACGCCGGGCUGAACAACGGAUCGGUGCUCCUGUACGACACCCGGGACACCAGCACCCACGUCCAGGAGCUCGUCCCGCUGGGGUCCAGAUGUCCCGUGACCUCCGUGUCCUACGUCCCGCGGGCGGCCUCCAGCUCCUUCCCCUGCGGCGGCCUCAUCGCCGGCUCCCUGGCCGGCGGCUGCUUCUGGGAGCAGGUGGACGAGGCGGCGUACCGACCUCACAUCCUGCCUCUGGAGACGGGCGGCUGCACUGACAUCCAGGUGGAGCCGGAGAGCCGCCACUGCCUGGUGACGUACCGGCCAGGCCGGUCGAACCCGUCCCUGCGCUGCGUUCUGAUGGAGCUGAGCCGCGCCCCCCAGGAGGACGCGGCCCAGCCCCCGGCCUGCUCCUGCCAGCCCGUGCAGAGCUUCAGCGCCGGCACCUCCUGCAAGCUGCUCACCAAGAACGCCGUGUUCCGCAGCCCCGCCCGCGGCGGCCGCUCCACGCUGGUGUGCGCCGGGGACGAGGCCUCCAACUCCACCAUGGUGUGGGACGCAGGCACGGGGGCUCUCCUCCAAAAACUUCCUGCGGACCUCCCGGUGCUGGACAUCUGCCCCUUCGAAGUGAACCAGGACAGCUACCUGGCCUCGCUGACGGAGAAGAUGCUGAAGGUCUAUAAGUGGGAGUGAGCUGCACUCUGGGAAGCGCAGGAGGAAAACGGACUGCAGGUAUCGCAGCGUAGGAGCGCUCUGCAGGGGGCGCUGUGCUGCCCAGUUUACUCUCUUCUGUGCUGGGCCUCCCCAGUGCGGUCAGACAGGCGCUGCCUUAAAGAGUAGUGGGUUACUGCUCACACACACACAGAGACACGCACGCACACACACACACACACAGCCUGGGUGAGCUACUGCACACAGAAAUGAGCCAGAAACCUGCCUUUCUUCUCAGCUGUCGACCAAACCUGUCCAUUUUUGACGGGGUGCAGCAUCCAUCUGUGUUUCCUGGCAAACAUGAGAGCGAAAUAUCUUUGUACCGAAACCACUGGACAAAAGUCAAGGGUUGCCAGUCAGGUCAACCUCCCUGUGUAAGAUUUCAGAAGUGGUCCUGAGUGCUGAGCUUGUCUACAGUGGGAGAUCAUUUGUAAAAUUUGAGAGGCGGCUACUGCUGUGUCCCCUGUGUGGAUAGCAUAGCUGUACAGACGAUACGCGAGCCAAGCGUCUCUUUUUGGCAGCCUUCGCCGUUCGAUGCGUGGAUUUAUGGUAGUGCUGGGGGAUAUUCCGCAACAGUAAUGAUCGAAUGCAGUAACUAUCAUCACCUCCAUGUGGUGCAUCAUUUUUUUUUUUUUUGCUUAUACCUGGUGCGGUACUAAACAUCCAAGCUUAAGAAGCUGUGUGAAAUGCUUCUGGGGGAAAAAUGUCAGGCCUGUUGUCUAUUGGGUGUUGAUGAGACAGCCAAUCAGCAGCAAGGUCAUACAGGUUCCAUGUGGAUGGUGUGAUGUGUUUUUGUUAAUCACAUGGAAGCUGUAUUAUGCUGAUUGGCUGUCUGAUCAACACCAAAUAGAUUAACAGCGCUGAUAUUUUUUUCCCUGGAUGCAAUUCAUGUGGCUGCAAAGUUUGGAUGCUUACCGCUGCAUCCGGUGUAAUUAAAGAAAAAAAGAUGAAAACAACGGCAAUGCUCUACAUAUUGGUGAUGAGUUGUUGCACUCAAUAAUUGUCCUUGUGGUGCAUCGCCCAGCCCUAAUUUCUCAGGGGAGUCGAGUAUGCAGGGACCCCUUCUACUUAAUUUGCCAUUUUCAUCUUCCACCCGUGUCUCGUAGACGUGUCACGCUGCUCUGCGUGAAACCGAUUUCAGGUUGAAGUUAACAAAGCGGUUUUCCCCCAGGCUCUCAGGUGUGAAUCGGCGACUGUGACAUUUCCGAAGCGUCGCCGUCUGUGAUUGGCUGCCCGUCUUUAUCGAGCCGCCUUUUGCGGGGAUCGCGUCGUGACAGCCUUAUCUCCACGGAGACGAAGCCGGAAUGUCAGAGCGGCGUGGAUGAAAUGCGUCACGGCUGACGCCGUCCCGUGUGCGAGCGUUACGGAAUGACUGACAGCGUGUCUGAGACAGCGUGGAGUGUGUCGAAACGGAGCGCGCCAGCGGCGGAAACCGCUGCCGUAGUCACCUGUGUCGCUACGGCGACUGCAGGUGACCAAAUGCAAAAAGCACCGGUUGCUUUUUUGUAAUUUUUAUAGUCUUAACAGAGUCGGCUGCAUCUCCUGAUUUCCUCUCGCUCCGUGAGUUUGAAACAUUCUACCAAGUAUUAACAAAAACCCACCCGUGAAACUGUACAAAGGCUGUCAUUUGGGGACUUGAAGGAAAAAAUGUGGUCUGUAAGAUCAUGCCUCGACAGUACAAAAUGGUGAAAAGCUUUUACUUUAAUUUUAGAUAAUGUUUAAAUUGUCUCUGAGAUUUCCUGUACAUGUAUGUAUGUGUGUAUGUAUGUAUGUAUGUGUCUUUUGAUACCACUGUUUUUGUGUACAUUUGUUUCAUAAUAAAAUACAUGAUACUUGUC